AUGUCUCUACUCCCAGCAAUAACGAACAAUGUUGAGCUUAUACAGCGAUUGAAAGAUUACGAAAUAAUCCGCACGCAAGCGGUCGCCAUCGCUAUGGUUAAUACAGAUCGUCGAUUUUAUGCCCCUUACAAUCCAUAUGUGAACGCGCCUCAAAGUAUUGGUUACGGUGCCACAAUUAGUGCACCUUACAUGCAUGCCUUUGCAAUGGAAUAUUUGCGGAACCGCAUGAUACCCGGUAGUCAUGUUUUGGAUAUUGGUUCAGGAUCGGGUUAUCUAACUGCUUGCUUUUGGCGUUAUAUCCAAGCUCAACGGAAGAGUGACAAAACAAAAGUAGUUGGUAUAGAACAUAAUCCAGCUUUGGUCGCACUUAGUAAGCGCAAUCUCGACGCUGACGAUGCAGAGAUGUUAAAAUCCGGAAAUUUAAUUAUUGUUGAGGGCGACGGUCGCAAAGGAUAUCCACAAUUUGCGCCUUAUACUGCUAUACACGUAGGUGCUGCUGCUGCUGUAACACCGCAACCAUUACUUGAUCAAUUGGCAAAGGGCGGACGCAUGAUUAUACCUGUUGGCCCCGAAGACGGAGACCAACAGAUGAGACAGUAUGACAAAAAGCACGAUGGAACAAUUAAAGAAACCAUAUUAAUGGGCGUUAAAUAUGUUCCAUUAACUGAUCUACAUCAUUCAUGA